AAAUACUCACGAAAAUGAGGACACUGAGUUUUGGAAUUCUCACUAUCGUCUGUGUGCUCGCAUCUGCAGCUGUUAAUAGGGCAUUCAUAAUUAAAGAGGAAAAUCCCCAUUCACAAGAAAGUUCUCUACUUGAAGUUAAACAUCUUGAUACUGAGACUGACAAAUGGCUGAAUAAUUACCUCAGCGACAGCCAAUCAAAUGAAAUUUCAUCAAAAUUCGAGGAGCAUAAAAAACGGUUAAGAGCUAUCCGUUCGAUAUUUGACGACUUUGACGACUUUGACGACGACACAGAUUCACAUUAUGAUAGAGAUUAUGAUACUGAUGAUGACGACGACGAAGAUUAUAACGAAGAUGAAGAUGUUGAUGACGAUUACUAGACAGCAUUUCAUCAGACUCUCGUGCUUUUAAGUGUAUAUAUAGAGAAAAUAUAGUUAUAACUAUGACUCAGGCGUAAUAUAAUCAAAUGUAAUAUUUCUGAAAAAGAAUGAAUCAUUAUUUAUUACAAUUGUAAAUGAUUGUUGAUUGUUUACAUGCAUACAAAAAGUACCUGUAAAUAGCAAAAAUUUGCCUAUAUGAACAAUGCCGGUAUUUAUAUUGUUUCAACAUCGUUUUGUUUGUUUCAGUACCGACUACAUGAAAUAUAACCAAGUUCUGGAACUCCAGGGCACCAAAACUAUGUUGGAAGUAUAUCAUGCUGUUGUUUCAUCAAGAUCUUCUGCUUCCAGAUUAAUUAUACCAACAAAGUCAUCAGACGGGAGUCCUCACACAGUCGUAAUUCGGAGUACAAUUGUAUACAUAAUAAAUACAAUUGUAUCUUAAAUAAAAUUUGCUACUAUGUAUAAAAUAAUAGUGAUGCAACUUCAGCCUUA